GUUAAUGUAGUUUGGUGUUGAUCUUGCGUAUAUAAAGGAAAGCUUGACGAAAGUAAUUGCAUCAGAGAAAAAGAAUUAAAACACCCGAGACAUCACAACAAAGAAGUAGUCGAAACCUAAUUAAUCCAUCAAUGGCGAUGUCGGGAACAUACAUGACGGACGUGCCUCUGAAUGGAUCGGCCGAGAAACACUACAAGUUGUGGAGUAGCGAGACCCAUCGCAUCCCUGACACUAUCGGCCACCUCAUCCAAGGUGUCAUCCUCCACGAGGGCGAUUGGGACUCUCACGGCUCCAUCAAGACAUGGAAGUACAAUCUUGAUGGGAAGGAGGAAGAGUUUAAGGAGAGAACAGAGAUAGACGAAGAGAAGAUGGCGGUGACGAUGACUGCGCUCGAUGGUCAAGUCAUGGAGGAGCUUAAGGUGUAUAUCCCAAAUCUACAAUUCAUCCCCGAGUCCCAAAAUGCUUGUGUCUGCAAAGUUAGUGUGAAGUGGGAGAAACGCACCGAAGACUCAGAACCCGCCAAGUUUUAUAAGUUUCUCGAGAAGAUGAUUGCUGAUUCGGAUGACCACAUUCUCCAUAACCAGGAAUGAUGGAUCGAUAUGCUUAAUCAUCAUCACAUUCUCCGUUUAUUAUAUACGUUUAUUGUUUGUUUGUAAUUUGUGUUCAUCUCGUACCUGAUAUUACUACUUCUUAAUUUAUAUAUAUAACAAUAACAUCCUGGUGUUGUAUGUCCAACGUUUAUUUCUAUACGUAUCGUUUAUUUUUAUUCUAUUUUUUUGGAAGGUAUGGCAAAGAGAUUUUCAAUUGCUCUCAGCAUAGCUG